AUGGAGAUUUGUUUGACCCCAUUGCCGGAGGUAUCAAACGAAGAAGAAACCGCCGGCGGAGAAGUGUCGAAAUGGCCAAAGAGACUGAAUUCAGUGCCACCAAGGAUUAGUCGGGGCACAGUCAAAGGGGUCACGGCUGAAAUUUUUCAACAAGAUAGAAAAGUGUGGCAGAAGAGGUUAUCUUAUUACAAGUCAAUAAACAGGAAGCUUGGUCAACCUGGAAGGUACCGGAAUCUUCUAGACAUGAACGCUUACUUGGGUGGAUUUUCCUCUGCACUAGCUGAUCUUCCUGUUUGGGUGAUGAAUGUGGUCCCAGUUAAUGUUCCUAAGGUUAAUACACUUGGAAUUAUUUAUGAACGUGGUCUUAUUGGAACAUAUCAAAAUUGGUGUGAAGCAAUGUCUACUUAUCCUAGAACUUACGAUCUUAUUCAUGCAGAUUCAGUGUUUAGCCUCUACAAGGAUCGAUGUAAAAUGGAAGACAUAGUGUUGGAGAUGGAUAGGAUUUUGAGGCCAGAAGGGGGUGUAAUCUUCCGAGAUGACGUGGAUAUGUUGGUGAGGAUCAAAACAAUCACUGAUGGAAUGGAAUGGGAUAGUAGAAUUCUUGACCAUGAAAAUGGGCCUCUUGAGAGAGAGAAACUUCUAUUUGCUGUCAAGAAAUAUUGGACAGCUCCUGCUAUAUCUGAUCAACAAAUUUAA